AAAACGUAUAGGGAUGUUCUUCGGCUGCGUAAAGAAGCGGAUCGUCGUAAGCCUUUUCUCUUUCCUGCUUUUUUGCUGCCUAUACGCGUUUCGGGCUGAGACUCAGGUGCGGGUGCCGGGCUGCCCGUGUAGCAAUAUCACUCUAUGCCAACCCAUUCAAGGCCAGCGGGCGAAAGAAGUGUUUGGUUUCCGUAACAGGGGCAGUAAUGACAGCAGGUUCGAGGGAUAUGACUGGAAUGUGGUAACUACAGUUGCCUGGAACCCGUCGCCCCAACUCAUGUGCGUAGCCCACGCCCAUGGUGCCAGAGUGGUCAUGGCCGCCCCCGAGCCAUUGCCCAUCUUGGCCGGCGACGACGCCACCGCCCGGGCCGUUUGGAUCGCAACGACCGUAACGGAAAUUCAAACCCAGUUCCUGGACGGCAUCGUGUUCGAUUUCGAAGCACCCUUGCUCCCAACAGAUCCUGCCAAUUCCAAGUACGUGUCCUUGGUGGCCGAGACCCGCGCGGCUUUGCACGCCAGGAUACCCGGAUCUCAAGUGUCCGUGUGCCUUGCCUGGAGCCCGCAUGGGGUCGAUGGGAGGUACUACGACAACAUAGGGUUGAUCGAGGCGGCGGACCUGGGCUACAUCAUGGGCUACGAUACGCGUUCUCAGGUAAUGGCCCAAUGUGUGGCCAGCGCCAAUGCGGCGUUGCCGGCCUUGGCGUGGGGGCUCCGCGAAUACAUGACCCUGGGGGCGGAUCCUCAAAAAUUGGUUCUGGGCGUGCCCUGGUACGGCUACGAUUAUCGGUGCAUCCCGCAAGGGAAGCAGGGGGAGGAUGGAUCAGGGCGGGGGGAAAGGGGAAGGGAGGGAGGCGCGGAGGGCGGGGGGCAGGGCGAGGGGGAGGACGGUCGCGUGGACCCCACGACUGUGACGUGCGCGAUAGAACUGGUUCCUUUCCGCGGCGUAGGCUGCUCGGAUGCUGCCGGGAAGCAAGUGCCGUACAGCACGAUUCAGGCCCGCUUAACGGCGGGGGAGACAAGCACGGGCCGACGGUGGGACGGGUACAUGCAGACGCCGUUUUACAAUUAUGUGGACCUGGGGGACGGCAGCGUGCACCAAGUGCAUUACGACGACUCGGAAUCGUUGCGCGUCAAGUAUGACCUGGCCAGGCAGCUGGGCUUGCGGGGGGUAGGUCCCUACACGUUUGAUGAUGUUUGGGAGGAAGGGGAGGGGGGGAGGGAGGGGGCCGACGCGAUGUGGGCGGUUUUGAGGAUGUACGUGGAAGGGGAUACUGCGACUGGAGAGGCAGAGAUUGGACGGAAAUGGAAGGAAGGGGUGGAUGAGGUGGGAACAAGGUAA